AUGGCCAGUGAUGUCAACAGCUGGAGUGGGAGAGAGGAGGAGUUUGGUCAGCUCUAUGGGCAUCGAAGGGCAACUGGAGGGAUCCCCGUGGGCAGAAACGUAGGGUCUGAAAAUCAGGGGGAGUCAACGCCCGCCACCUGUGACUGGCGGAAGGCGGCCGGCAUCAUCUCUUCCAUCAAGGACCAGAAAAACUGCAACUGCUGCUGGGCCAUGGCGGCUGCAGGUAACAUCGAGUCCCUGUGGGGCAUCAAACACCGCCAGUCCGUGGAAGUCUCUGUGCAGGAGCUGCUCGACUGUGACCGCUGUGGGGAUGGCUGCUCGGGGGGCUUUGUCUGGGACGCGUUCGUAACUGUCCUCAACAACAGUGGUCUGGCCAGUGAAAAGGACUACCCAUUCAGGGGGGACACCAAAACCCACAGGUGCCAAGCCAGGAAGUACAAGAAGGUGGCCUGGAUCCAGGAUUUCCUCAUGCUGCCGGACAACGAGCAGAUCAUGGCCCACCACCUGGCCACCCAUGGCCCCAUCACCGUGACCAUCAACAUGAAGCUACUGCAGCAAUACCAGAAGGGUGUAAUCAGGGCCAAGCCCAGCACCUGUGACCCCCGGCAAGUCAAUCACUCCAUCCUGCUGGUGGGCUUUGGUAGGACCAAGUCAGUGGAGUGGGCAGAGACAGGCUCGUUCCAGUCUCAAUCUCGCCACUUCACCUCGUACUGGAUCCUGAAGAACUCCUGGGGGGCCAACUGGGGCGAGGAGGUGAGCUAUUUCUGGCUGCACCGAGGGAGCAAUACCUGUGGCAUCACCAAGUACCCGCUCACUGCCCGCGUGGACCUACCAGUUAAGAAGCACCCAGUCUCCUGCCCUCCCUGA